UUUGCCCGGCCAGCUGCAUUGUGGUCAGACAGCCAGGUAUUUCCUGUGUUCGGCAAGAGGGUUCAAAGUUUAACCCUAAUUUAACUACUGAACAUCAAGGAUAAACCUACAUUUUCAUGAAAACAAUUUUUUUUUCUCGUUGGAGGGCUGGAUGCCGAUUUGUCUUUUCAUGAGAUAAUGCAAAACAAACUCAACGCUUAGAGACGAAUGUUUUAGAAAUAUUUUUCGUUGUAUAGCUUGACAGACUGGGGGCGUCCUAGAGCUCUUGUAGUGUCUUUGUUUACAUGAGAAAAUCAAUGACCUGAUUUUGUUGUGAUUUUUCUCAGAAAAUAUUCAUACUCAGAACAUGUGAAGCCAUAAUACAGUAGUUUGCAAAUGAUUGAAUCAGUCAUUAUUGGAUCAAGUUACUCGUCAUGUAAAAUCAUUUUACAGGCCCAGCUUUUCAACCUCUUUUAUUUGCAAUAUAUGGUUGCCAGGUUGCUUAUCAAACUUGUUGGGACAAAUUAUCACCGACACCCAAUUGCCAGACUUGAUUAUAAGACACUUUGAAAGGGUCCAGUGUGUACCAGCGUGUGGCUGUGGAAGACUAUCUGUGCGACUGAUUGACGGAGGGAAGAGACCAGAACGAUGACUGCCGAGUGGCUUCACCUGCCCCCUCCGUACCCCCCCGGAGUGGGGCCGCUAUGUGGUGCAGAGUUGGAGGCGUGGUAUGAGGACCUGCAGGAUAUACUGGGAUCAGACUCGGGCGGGGCCAAAUUGCCUCGCGCCCCUCCUUGCUCAGAGAAAGAGCCAGAGUUCCUGGACGUUCUGGAGAGCUGCUCCUUGACGUGGCUGACCGACGGAGCUGGAGUGGGGUUUGGAGGGCAGACAUGGGGCUCAGGCGAGGGUGUCCAGAGGGUGACUGUCCUGGAGGAGCCUCCUACCCAUCUGCCUCACCACAACUCCUCCAUGUCCUCCUCUACAUCUUCCUCCAACUCCUCUUGUCUGAGUCCGGCCGAGGAGAAGACAGAGAGGCCGGGGGACGGGGAGAGAGGGAGGGAUGGAGGAGGUUCGGGAGGUGGAGACCUUCUGCCCCCAGAGUUCUUUGAGCUGCUCAGCGAGGGAGGGCUGGGUGUGGAGACAGCUGGGAUGGGGGUUAGCGGUGGCUACCACUACCACCAUCCUCACUCCGACGAAGUCCGACCGCCUGCCUCUCCCUCCGCCAGCGAGGGGGAGGAACACCCCUGCGUCCCAGACUCUGCCUCUUGCUCCUCUUCCACCUCUCCUUCCCCCUCGCUCAACUUUUCACCCCCUUCUUCCCCUGUCUCCUCACCCACCAGCGUUGCGUUCUCCUCGCCCCGGCAAGGCAAGCGCAAAAGGGGCCACUCGCCGUCCUUCCCCUCCUCCGGCUCGCGCUCAUCCUCCUCUUCGUCGUCCGCCAAGAAGAGCAGGAGGGAGAGGGAACAGGAGAAUGAGAGGAAGGUGCAAGAGCUGACCGAUCAGAAUGAGAGGUUGAAAGCGGAGAUUGAUCGUCUUGGUGAGGAGGUGCAGAGGACACGCAAAGCCCUGAUAGAGAGACUAGUCAACACCAGGAAGUGAGGAUAUAAAUAACAGGGGAGAUGUGGAAACUAGGUAGGACAGAAAGCAUAAACAUUUAGAACAGUAGGUCUGCAGCAAAGGGGGAUUACCGGGGUGACCAUAAAAUGCUAUUUCAGACGGACUUAGAAAGACAAAAGAUGCGUGCUUGUUUCGAGAAGGAACUCAAUUGAUAAGUGAUUUAAACCACUACAAGAGAGGAAGAAGGUCGAAAGAAAGCGAUGAAAUAGCAAAGUCGAGGGAAACCAGAGAGCGAUUGAACUGUGGCAACUGCAGUAUUGCGGCAAAUGUAGCAAAUGAGAAAGAUUGUGCAAAUGCCUCUGUUAAGAGGUUGGAGUACUGUAUACAAGUAGGGCUGAAUGUCAGGAAGCAUCUUUGAACUAGAUAAUUACUGUUCACGGUACGCCCACCAGAAGCUGUGCGUGAAUGGGGAAUUCAGCUCAUUCAGACACGUGGGUUCAGUAUGGGUUCAGUAUGAUGUCAGGAGGAUGAUUAGAUAUAUGUAGUUAACAUAUCGAGUCGAUGAAAAAUGAAAAUUUUCAGGAAUGAUUGGAAGCACGUAUCUGAAGACUGUUUGCAGUUAACACCAAUCCCAAGCAUUUUAUGGGUGGCGUUCAUUAAGCGUCAAAUGGAAAGAAACAAGGACUUGCUGGAUUUUCCAGUUUUAAGAGCCUUUUCCGUCAUCGUCGUUAUAAAUGUUUUAUUCCCACUUAUCCGGCCUAGUGAACCUGUCUGUGAAAAAUGUGUAUGAUGAGUUUGAUUCAAUUAAUUCAGUGCAUACCUGUCAAUUCCAAAAUUUGAGAAGCGAUUGGAAGCGUUGAUCAAUGACCAUUUUUAAUCAUCGCCCAUAACAUUGUGGACAUGGACAUUGUGUAGUCCAUUUUCAUUUGGUAUUGAAUGGAAAGAAACUUGUUUUUCUGUUGCUAAACACUGAAAAUAAAAUCACGCUACCUGCCCUACCGACCGCAAAUCGGACUGGGAUUUUUCCACCUCGUUAAUUCAGCGUAAUGAUUUGUAGGAUGUAAGGAUAAGUAGGUUUAUCCGAUUAAUUCAUCAGGGGUCGGUAUAGAUUUCAAAAUUAUAGAAAAUUGCACAAAAUUCUCCCCAGCAAUCAUGACCAACUACUUGACCUCACAAUACAAUAUCACAAUACUAAGGUGCCUUAUGUAUUGUGAUUCUGAAUGUAUUGCAAUUCCAUGUUUCUAAACGUCUCACGAUUGUUGUCUUGCGAUUUCAUGUAAGCAUAUUGCAAUUCUGUUCUGUGUAUUGUGAUUUCUGUUUCCAACAUCCAUUUUUAUCUUGUACAGCCAACUAGAGCAGAAAUAUUGGUAAGAGUCAAAAAUAUACAAUAUAUAUUCUAAAAUAAUAUCACAAUAUGGAACUAUAGAUUUUUUACUCCACAUUACUAAGAUAGUAAUUAAAAAAAUAAAUGAAGGGUUCGACUUCAAAAAGGAAAGAGCAUUUCAUGGUCAUCCCAUUAUGUAUGUGAACCCGGCUCAACCAGACUGAGUUCUGGGCUGUUUCCUGUGAAACACUGCACAAUCAGGUUGGGUCCCAGGCUAUCCCUUAUCUGCCCACCUUUAAAGAUGAAUCCUAAGGAGCUUAACAGAGGCCAAUAGAGAGUAUUUCUUGUGGACCUCAGGAAAGUUUGCCAGUCUGUACUCAGAGUAAGGUGUGAGAAUGAUGAUUGGAAGUUUUUCAAUUUCUACUUUUAUAUAACCCGCUGCAGCCUUAGUGUGUGUGUGUGUGUGUGUUUCCAUAUGCAUAGUUUUACGCAUAGGACUCAGUUCUUUCUGCGCUGAUCUUUUCUAUCAAAUGUAUUGAAUUUUCUGGCAGGAAUAUUUACAAUGUAGAGCUCUACCCUGAUACAUAUAUAUUUUAUAUAAUCCUGUAUUAUACCCAGUUAUACAUUUAUCUAUACAUCAAUGACUGUACCCAUAUUCAUUUGGCAGUUUGUUAAACGUGUAUCAGUUAGUGGCGGAACUAGAGGAAACGUACAUGCAUGUUGAUCAUUUAUUACAUUAAGCAUUGUAUUUGCUUUGUUAGUAACUUAACUAUCGUAAACUCAAAUUUGCAAAUAAAUCAUUAAAACUA